AUGAGCGCUGAACUCCAACAGGUCCUAAAAGUGUGGGAGCGUACUCGUUCCAACAGCCCCAUCUACGAUUUUCUCUUGAGCGAGGUUGAAAUCUACGAUGCUGAAAAGGGCGUCGUCCGGGCCCGACUACAAGUCGGCCCUCGCCAACUCAACUCCAAGGGCAGCCUGCACGGUGCGUUCUCUGCUUCCGUGACUGACUGGGCUGGAGGUAUGGCCAUUGCCUCCUACGGAUUAGACUCUACGGGAGUGAGUACAGACAUCCAUGUCAGCUUCCUAUCCGGUGCCACGGAUGGCGACUGGAUCGAGAUUGAAGGCCGGGCCAACAAGGUCGGCAAAUCGCUCGCGUUCACCACGGUAUCGAUCUCUAAAAAGUCCGAGUCCGGGUUGACGCUCGUCGCCCAGGGUUCUCACACCAAAUACGUGCGGACACGAUGA